GAUCCUUGGCCGCAGUGCACACGGAGCGGAGCCGCGAUCGUAACGUUUUGUUCCUCCGCGCCGCGAAUGGUAUGCCGAUCGGCGCGAUCCUCGCGCGCACGCGGACGAAUGGACCGCGCGUUACGUAAUAAUAAUAAAAAGACCGAGUGAUCCGCUUGCCGGGAGGAAGAUUCGCGGAUUUUUUGCGGAGUCAGGAGGCGACAGCCGAGGUGGACGAUCUCGCAGAGGCGCCAAGGAUCCAAGGAGAUCGCAUGCUCGUUGCUUCGUGAGUCUCACAGGAUGUCGCGGGGAAUUAGUGUCUGCGCCACGGUGCUGCUCGUCCUGUUCGAGUUGACCGCGUCGGCCAUGGUGCUGCCGAGGCCACCCUCGUCGCCUAAUCACAUCCACCAGGAACUGUCCGCGCGCAAAUCCCUCGAGGGCAAGUCCCUGCACGGCGCCCUGCGAAGCACCAACGUGGAGAGGCCCGAUCCCGAGGACUACAGGCUCUUCGAGAUCGAGCUGCAGGGCGCGGACGAGAUGGACGCCGCGAAUUUGCAGGGCCUGAUGCGCACGAUGCUGAAGGAGGAGCAACGGGCCGCCGCGGAACGGCGCACGCCGAAUAACGACGGCUACCCGAAUCCCGAGGUGAUCCCGCACUCGAUCCUCGGCGUGCGAGACAUGGGCCUAAGCCCGAAUUACCGUCUGGACACCUUCGACGACGACAAGCGCGCGUCGCUCAACCCGCCAAAGCUGCCGAGCCUCGACGAGAAGCUGUACUACCUGAAGAGCGGCCGGCCCAAGGUCUACGUGAACGUGCGGGGACACAGCGGCUCCUUCCGCAAGGACACCGGCGCGGUCGUCCCGCCGUCCACGGCGACCACGAGCGAGGGCGCGGUGGGUUACCUCAGGGUCACGCGACCUUUCGAGAGGCAGACCGACUGGAAGACGCGGGACAAGAAGACACGACCGCCCAAGAAGUUCGAUCGUCGCGUCGACGGUAUCGUUCUGACGAGUAACAACGAGAUCGGUAGGACGAGCGAUCGGGCGACGUUCUACGGCGCGGACGAGCCGGCGUCGACCACGGAGAACACCAUGGUCACGUCCAGCGAGCUACCCAAACAGAUACCCGCGCCGCCCAGCAAGGUCUACGGACGCAGCCUGAUGGCGCAGACCACCCCCGUGCAGAGGUACCCGCUUAGGAGGACAGACAUCCUGCCGGGAUACGGCUUCGUCGAAGAAUAAAAUCAAAUAUCUCUGUGAGAGCUAGAAAAUUAACUUCCUCGAGAAGUAGGGAUUGAAAAUAUUGAAAUGCGAUCCUGAAGACUUUCGAUCGCAUUUCAUGCUUGUUUAAAAGUACAAAAAAAAAA